AUGGCCGAGCUGAUUGUUGAUAUGGUAAUAACAGAUAAAAACCUAGUGACGGCCGUGCAACCCUGCACCAUAAGCGCUCUCUCUCAGAAAGCCACCUAUCACGGCCGGCAUUAUAAAGCUAUAAAUGCUUCAAUUGCAACUGAGGAGGUGGAAAAAAUAACCCAGCAUAACUUCGCAAAAAUGGAGAAAUUCCUGAAGCGUUGA